AAGUACAUUCUCGCGUUUCUAGUAUCAAAGCUUAAAGUUCAAAAUUGUGAGGAAAGAGAAACUGACAGAGAGUAAAAAAAAAAUGGUUGCAGCAGCAGCAACAGCUACUGCAGCUAAUCCACUAACAUGCUCACUAUUUCCAAGCCAAGGUCUUAGAGGAACAACUAGUGGGCUGCAAUGGACAAAGAGGCAAUGUACCAGAAAGGCAAGUGCUUUGACAGUUACAGCUAAAUUUGAGCUGAAACCUCCUCCAUAUCCCAUGAAUGCAUUGGAGCCGCAUAUGAGCAAAGACACAUUUGAGUAUCACUGGGGAAAGCAUCACAGGGCUUAUGUGAAUAACUUGAACAAGCAAAUUGAAGGAACAGAGCUAGAUGACAUGUCGUUAGAUGAUGUUGUGCUUAUUACAUACAACAAGGGUGAUCCACUUCCUGCUUUCAACAACGCUGCACAGGCCUGGAACCACGAAUUCUUUUGGGAAUCCAUGAAACCGGGAGGGGGAGGAAAGCCAUCAGGGGAACUUCUUCAAUUAAUGGAAAGAGAUUUUGGUUCUUUUGAUAAAUUUGUUGAAGAGUUCAAGUCGGCUGCAGCUACUCAGUUUGGUUCUGGAUGGGCUUGGCUCGUAUACAAAGCAAAUAGACUUGAUGUUGGAAAUGCUGUAAAUCCUUGUCCAUCAGAGGAGGAUAAAAAGCUUGUAGUGGUCAAGAGUCCCAAUGCCGUGAAUCCCCUUGUUUGGGAUUAUUAUCCACUCCUUACAAUUGAUGUUUGGGAGCAUGCAUACUACCUGGACUUUCAGAAUCAACGACCUGAUUAUACAUCAAAUUUUAUGGAAAGGCUGGUGUCAUGGGAUGCAGUUAGUGCGAGACUUGAAGUUGCAAGGGCUCGAGCUGCUGAGAGAGAAAUAGAAGAAGCAAGAAAGAGAAAAGAGGAAGAGGAGGGGAACUUUACAGACAAAGAACCUGCAGAGAUUUUCAUAGAUGGGGUUGCUGACGAUUCUGAGACUGAUUGACUUCAUACUGUUUUGCAGUUAUUAUAUGCGGGAAAUUGUUGAGGCUUGUCACGUCCAUCGUUGUCUUUGAAGGUGAUAAAGAGGUCAGUUUGAGCAGGAUAGACUACAAACAUGUAUCCAUAUCAACAUGGGAAACAAGGAAAUGUAUAUUUCAAGUACUGUUAUUUUCAAGGUAAAACUAUCUGUUAGGCAGUUCCUAUGCAUUCAAGACCACCUACACAGAAUUUUUGGGUUAGUAGUCUGUACUCACUAUGUAUGGCAACUCCGAGAGUCGCAAAUAUAAUAGAUCCUUUCCAACUA